ACAAAGCGUGAGGCGGCUAGCCAUACGGAAGUGUUUUCGUCUCGGCGGCUGUAUAGCAGUACUGUUUGAGAAAUGAUUGCUGCUGCUUAUUUAAAAUCCUGAUACCUCUAUUAAAUGUAUCUAAUGUUCCAAAGGGAAUAUUUUAUAUUUCAUUAACAUAUUUUUUUUUACAUUAGACUAGUUACACGAAGGAGAGUUAGUCAGCCUUUUAGCUAGCUUGACAAAAGCAAGCAGCCAUGCCGUCCUAUUCUGAAGUGAGAAAAAGCAACCACUUCUAUUACUUCAUCAAGUUCACACUAAAUGUCUACUCAAUGCUUUUCUCGCUCAUGGGUCUUUGCGUGUUGUGUGUGGGAGUGUAUGCGGAAGUGGAAAGGCAGAAGAAUCGAACCCUGGAGGGUCUUUUUCUGGCUCCUGCAGUGGUGCUGAUCCUGCUUGGCCUGGUGAUGUUCACUGUGUCUGUAGUGGGAAUGGUUGGAUCCCUCAGAGACAACAAAACCCUGCUGCACAUGUUCCUUUGCGUCCUUUGUGUACUGCUGCUCCUCCAGGCAAUCACACUCGCCAUGGCUCUCAUCUUUGAAAAGAAGACGGUUGCAUUGUUUCAGAGCACUAUACGGGAAGGAAUAAAACACUACUACGAUGAUCUUGACUUCAAAAACAUCUUGGACUAUGUCCAGCAAAAGUUUUCCUGUUGUGGAGGGGAUGAAUAUAUGGACUGGGGAGUCAAUCAGUACCAUUUCUGCAAUGGUACUGGUCCGCUAGCCUGUGGGGUUCCAUACACCUGUUGUGUUCGACGCAAGCUUGGAGAGGUCAUCAACACCCUCUGUGGCUACAACUCUCUGAAUGAACAGCGUGAAACGCUGCUAGAGGUGAUCCACGUGCGCGGCUGCAUCCAUGCAGUUAACCUCUGGAUGAGUGACAACAUUGGAAUAACCAUUGCCCUCUGCUGUGCCAUCGGGCUGCCACAGCUUUUGGGCAUCAUCCUGAGCUGCGUCUUCUGGAACCUACUGGUGGACAUGAGUGAGUCGGCCGAUAUGGUGGACUUCAAGCUGAAGAAGUCCGAGAUUGAGUACAGUGAGCUAGACCUGGCCGGUGCCGGCUGGUGCCUGUGCUUGCCAAGGGACGGCGGUUACCUGCCUGUCCCCGCCUCUGAGCCUGAGCUCGAUCCCAUUGACAUUCACCUGGAGAAGCUGAAGAAGCAGCCGCCUCGCACUCACUCCCAGCUCAGAGAACUGCAGCAGUCCAGAUCAGCCAGCGGCCUGGACGAGGAAGACGUGGGCAAGAAGCAGAAAAGGGACCACUGAGUGCUCUCUUCCAGCCUGUUUUGCCUUUUUGGGUUUUUGCCUUCUUUUUUUCUUGUCAGUGUAAUUGAUUACAUUUGUUUAGGUUGUGUUGCACUACUUCAAGUUGAACAUGAGUCAUCAAGUCAGAAGGAAUUGGAUCAGCUGAAGGGAUCAAAUGUACUUUCGCACUUUGAAUUUGUUUACAGCAAAGUUCAAACUGAAAAUUCCUUUAAAACAGGACAUUUCUUUAGUCUUGUUUAUAUCAUUUCAUAUUGUCAUUUCAUAUUUUUCUAAGCCUUCACUGAGAAAUGUCUCAUGUGCUAAAGCUUACCUCAGGCUAUGUUGAAAAUAGCCCAGUAGUCAGAGGAUGAAACUGUUUUGGUUGUAUAAAUAAAUUAAUGGUUGUUUUUCAUUGUUUGAGAAUAGGACUAGCCAGGUGUGUCUCGCGUGUAGCGUCUGUGAUGGAUUUUUACCGUUUGUGUAAUUUAUUUUAUUAUUUAAAUUUAUUUUGUGCAAUCAAUGUACACUGUAAGACUGAUAUUUGUGAAAUAACAUGGGAUGCAUGUUUUGUACUGUAUAUGAAGUCAUUUUAAAGAAGCUCUGUACUUGAAGCUUUUCCAUUUUAAUAAUAAUGUUUUUAUUCCUUCCAUCUUUAAAGAAUUCCUAAAGGCAUUAUCCACGUGAAACAGCAGGUCCCAGAAAAAACAAAGUUUUUAUAUGAGUUGCAUUAGUUUGAGCUUCCCCCCAGCUCCUGCCUUGUAUAAACACAACUGUUCUUGUCAACAAAGCUGAUUUUGUCUACUGA